UAAAGGUUCCCGCCAUUGUGCAUAUUUUCGCGCCACCAUUUAUCCUAAUUUAUCACAAUUGAAAGGACUAGUGCCUGAGCUAGGGUUCCGCCGUAGCAUCGUCCAUCAAUUCGACCAACAUGGAGUUGACUUCGCAAGUAGCCCAGCUUCUCAACAACACCCUCAGCCCCGACGGUGAAGUUCGCCGUUCUGCAUCUGAUGCUCUCGACUGCCUCUCUCCGAACCCCGAUUUCUCCUUUGCUCUGAUCUCCAUCGCCGUCGGUGGAGGUGAGAAUCAAGGUCAAAGCAUUGCUGCUGCAACAUAUCUGAAGAACUUCACAAGGCGUAAUACGAUUCAAGGUGAAACAGCUUCAAGAGUCAACAAGGAGUUUAGAGACAGGCUUGUACUUGCUUUGCUUCAAGCAGAACCUGCAAUCUUGAAAGUGUUGAUUGAAGCAUUUCGUCCCAUUGUCGAUGCUGAAUUUGUGAAGCAAAAUUUAUGGGAUGAACUUGUACCUCAACUGAGAUCAGUAAUUCAAGAUAGUGACCUGGUUAAUAGAAGUGGGAAUUCUAGGUGGAAGACCAUCAAUAGCCUUACAGUUCUCCAGUCAGUUAUCAGACCAUUUCAGUACUUUUUGAAUCCCAAAAUAGCAAAGGAGCCAGUUCCACCACAGCUAGAGCUAAUUGCACAAGAAAUUCUCAUACAUUUGAUUUCUUUAUUUCAUCUAUAUGUGGAAGAUCUGUGUGUUCACAAUAAAGUUAAUAUGGAUGCUGAGAAGAGCCUUCUCAUAAUGAGCAAGUGCAUCUAUUAUGCUGUGAGAUCACAUAUGCCAUCUGCUUUGGUUCCUCUGCUUCCUUCUCUUUGCCAUGAUUUAAUUCGUAUCCUCCACUCUUUAAAAUUUGAAGAUUGUGAUUCUUCUGAGGAUGGAUACAUGCUGAGGUUGAAGACUGGAAAGAGGAGUUUGCUUAUUUUCUGUGCCCUUAUCACCCGACAUAGAAAGUUCUCUGAUAAACUGAUGCCAGACAUCAUAAAUUCAGCUGUGAAACUAGUGAAGUUUAAAACAGACUUCAGUAAGCUGGAUAAUCUAGGAGAGAGGGUUAUGUCUUUAGCUUUUGAUGUUAUAUCUCGACUUCUAGAAACUGGCCCAGGAUGGAGACUUGUUUCACCACACUUUUCAUCUUUACUGGAGUCUGCAAUUUUUCCAGCAAUAGUAAUGAAUGAAAAGGAUAUUACGGAGUGGGAGGAAGACUCAGAUGAGUACAUAAGAAAAAAUCUCCCUUCUGAAUUGGAGGAAAUUUCAGGAUUGAGGGAGGACUUAUUCACUCCAAGAAAAAGCGCAUUGAACUUACUUGGUGUUAUUUCAAUAUCAAAGGGCCCACCUGUUGCAGCUUCACUUACAUCUAAACGUAAAAAAGGUGAAAAAAACAAACAAAAAGGUCGCAGUUCUAUGGGGGAGUUAUUGGUGCUUCCUUUUCUCUCCAAAUUCCCUAUUCCAUCUCACACAAAUGCACCAGUAAGGAAGAUCACAAAUGAUUAUUAUGGCGUUUUGAUGGCAUAUGGCAACCUUGUAGAUUUUCUGAAGGAGCAGAAACCUGCAUAUACAACUACACUAAUCCGCUCAAGAGUGCUACCAUUGUACAAUGCAUCUUUCUGUGAUCCUUAUUUGGUUGCUUCUGCUAACUGGAUUCUUGGAGAGCUUGUUUCCUGUAUUCCUGAAGAGAUGAGCUCUGAUGUGUAUACCUCACUGUUAAAAGCCCUGACAAUGGAAGACACAGAGGAUAUUUCAUGCUACCCUGUACGUGUAUCUGCUGCUGGUGCAAUCGCUCAACUUGUCGAGAACGAAUUCCUUCCACCCGAGUGGUUACCAAUUCUUCAAGUUGUGGUUGGUAGAAUCAGAGAGAGUAAUGAUGAAGAGACUGAGAGUGCCAUUAUGUUUGAGGUUCUUAAAACUUUAGUGGAAGCUGGAGGUGAUGCUGUUGUACCUCAUAUCCCACAUAUUAUUUCACUACUGGCUCAACAUAUUCUAAACCAUAUCCCUCUUAGUCCUGAGCCUUGGCCUCAAGUGGUUGCACGAGGUUUUGCAGCAUUAUCAGUAAUGGGUCAGUGUUGGGAGGAAUCUUUUCCUGGGGGAGUGGCGGAUGAUGCACAAAGUGAGGUUGUGGUUUCUGGUAGAGCCACCAUUGACAAAGCUUUUACAGAUCUUCUACAAGAAGCUUGGCUGAGACCUAUGGAAGAUGAAAUUACAGAAUCGCCCUCGCCAUCGUCAUGCUGCAUGGACGAUUCAUCGACACUACUCGUAUUCAUCAUGUCCAAUCUCAACGAACAUGAUGAAAUCCAGAUAAAAAAAGUUACAAACCUCUUGCAUGCAUGGGCCCACCAGAUUUCAAACUGGAGUUCUUGGGAAGAAGAAGAAGAUUUAUCAAUCUUCAAUUGCAUCAAAGAAGCCGCUCACCUCCACAGAAAAAUUAGUGUAACAAACUUCAUUCGCAGGUCAAACAGCGGUCAACCCUCCAUUAUUGAAAACAUUGGUAGCUUUGUCAGCAGUGCUUUUUCACAGUAUCCAUCUGUGAUCUAUCGAGCAGCAUCUUCGGUUCAUAUACUCUUGCAUCUUUCAACUUAUUUUCCUGAUGAAGAAAUUGUAAUGCGGGAUUUGACCAUGGCUUUUUGUCAGUCAGCAUUUGAUUGUUUUAGAGAACAACAAUCAAAACCUUCUCUUUGGAAGCCAUUGUUGCUUGCUAUAUGUACCUGUUAUUCAUGCUAUCCUGAUGUUGUUGAGAAUACAUUGGAGAAGGAUCAAGUUGAAGGGUUAAAAACGUGGGCCCGGGCUCUUUGCUCCAUCUCCUCCACUGAGUUUGAACAUGGAUUAACAACAGAGAAUGAAAUCAAGUUAACUGUAUUAACCUUGGCAAAAAUGAUUACCCGAAUGAUUACGGGUGGGAAUGACGGUGGCGGGUUGUUGUCGGAGUGCUUGGCGGCAAUGAUGGAAGCGACUGUGCGGUUGAAAGAAGCUCAAGAGGAGGAUGAAGAUAACGAUGAAAAUGAAGAUGAGAACAACACUGAUGAUGACACUGAGGAUGAUGAAGAUGAUGAUGAUGAUGAGGAUUCAGAAGAUGAUGGUGUACAUGAAGAAACCGAAGAACAAUUUUUGGAGAGGUGUGCACAAGCAGCCAUUGAGAUGGAAAACGGGACUAAUCUGGAAGAAAUAGAUGAGGAAGAUGAAGAGCAAGAAAUAGAAAUGGGAGAGUUGGAUGAGGUUGAUGCGCUAAGCAUUGUGAAGUCAUUGAUAGAAAGUAAUUGUGAAAUAGUUUUGCAAAGAGCGGAUUUGCCACAACAAGUUGUUUCAAGCUUUGUUGAUGCCUUCCCUGGUUUGGUUUAGGGUGAUAUUUCUUUGCUUCUUUUGGUGUGUGCCAUUUUUGCAUUUAAAUUGAGGAAAGUUGGUGUGAUUCUUUUUGUGGAGUUAUAUGAGAAUUUGUAGGUUGCAUUAUGCAUGGGGUGGUGGGACAUUAUUUAAUUUGAAUGGUUUGACCAAGUGGUGGAUGUGUAUAUUUUUAUAAAUGAGUUGAUAUUCAUAUGUA